UCCUAUAAUAACCUAACCUUAAACUUUGUAUUAUAACCUCACAUUUCAUUAUUAUUAUUUAUUAGAAAUUAAAUCACACUUAAAAUGCUUUGCAAUAGAUUUUUAAAGAGUUUUAGGAGCUUAUAUUUGAACGAUCAUAAUCGAUUUAAUGCAAUUCGAACUAUAUCCUUAUCAAAUGCACACAAACGAGAAGUGGAGGAUCGUAAAGAAAUGUAUAAAUCGCUUCCUGUUCAGGACGAAGGAACCACCGGAGAAAAAGCUAUUGAUAUUGAUGCGUUAAUUCAGCACAAAGAAGAUGUUUUCCCAACGAUCGAUACACCAAAUAAAUUGUUUAAAGGAGUACCUUAUCAGCAUUUACCGAUAUUUCAUAUUAGGGUCUCUAGUAAUAAUACCAUUUUGAGUUUAACCGAUUAUAAAGGCGCCCCACAACUUAUACGAUCAUGUGGAAUGGAAGGUUUUAAAAAUACUAGGAAAGGUACUAAUAUUGCAGCACAAGCAACUGCAAUUAGUAUUGGAGCUAAAGCUAUUGAGCGUGGGGUUAGAACUGUAAGGGUUAGAGUCAAAGGAUUGGGACCAGGGCGAAUGUCUGCCAUAAAAGGAUUGCAAAUGUCUGGUUUAGAAAUUAUUUCAAUUACAGAUAAUACACCAGUAUCGUGGAAUCCACCAAGACCUAGAAAAGCUAGGAAGUUGUAGUUAAUUUGUUGCUAAAAAAAAUUUAACAAUAUAAUGAUGUGGUUAUAAAUAUUUGCAUUUUUAAUUGCAAGAAAAUCAUACAGAAAUAAAAUAAUAAAAGAAUCACUCUCAUAAUAU